UGGGCGCCGCCAUGGACGAGGGCAGCCUGGAGGCGGCGAUCCGCACGUACCGCGGCCAGCUGCAGCAGGUGGAGCUGGCCCUGGGCCUGGACCCCGCGCAGCAGACGGACCUGCUGCAGCUGCGCCACGACCUGCGGCAGCUCAUCGAGCUCACCGAGGCCAGCCUCGUGUCCGUGAGGAAGAGCAACCUCCUGGCCACGCUCGACACCAGCGCCGCCUCUUCCCGCCCCGCCGGGGAGCAGCAGGUCGAGCUGGGCAGCUCUGCCCAGGACGAGGAAUACGAGGCUUUUAAGGAAGCUAUUGCAGAGCUCGGGGCUGAGGAUGAACCUUCGGCUGCUAACRAGGAGAUACCGCCACGGGGAGGGGAAGAAACUCAUGGGAAAAGUGAAUCAAAGUGCGGUGAAGAGGAGGAGUCUGACAAGGAGGAGGAGGAGGAGGAAGAAUUGAGUGGGAUGAAGGUUAAAGCCCCAUACUACAGUUCUUGGGGGACCCUGGAGUACCAUAAUGCCAUGAUUGUGGGCACUGAAUACUUGGAAGAUGGCAGYGUGGGAGUGCGAGUGCUGUAUCUCUAUCCAACGCACAAGUCUCUGAAGCCCUGCCCGUUCUUCCUGGAUGACAAGUGCAGAUUUAAAGAGAACUGUCGGUUUUCCCACGGGCAGGUGGUGUCCGUGGAGGAGCUGCAGCCGUUUCAGGAGCCCGAUCUGAGCACCCUGGAGGUGGGCUCGGCCUGCCUGGCAAAGCACAGCGAUGGAAUAUGGUACACGGCAAAAAUAACCGACAUUGACAGUGGCUACUACACUGUGAAGUUUGAUUCCCUGCUGCUAAAGGAAGCUGUCGUGGAAGGAGAUGGUAUCAUUCCACCGCUGCGAAGUGAGGAAGGCGCCUCCUCUGCUGAAUCUGAUGAAGACAGCGUUGAUGAUUCUGGCUACGCUAAAGUGAUAGACUCGGGCGUCCCGGAGAACGGGGCAUGGACUCCAGCUUGCAGUUCAUCUUUUGGUGGCUGGGAAGCCCAUACUCGUGGCAUCGGCUCCAAGCUGCUGGUUCGGAUGGGAUAUGAGUUUGGGAAAGGUUUAGGGAAGAACUGCGAGGGGCGCGUGGAGCCAGUGCAGGCCGUAGUGCUCCCKCGAGGCAAGUCCCUCGACCAGUGUGCAGAGGUGCUCCAGAGGAAGCAGCAGGGGAAGCCGGACGCCGGCAAGCCAAGGAAGGGCCGCGGGAAGGGAAGCGGCGCGCGUGGCCGCAAGCCGCCCCGCAACGUGUUUGACUUCUUGAACGAGAAACUGCGGGGAAAGGGCUCCGGAGAGAAGGCUGGAGGGGCAGCGUUGCCACCGAGGAACAGCAAAGAGAUUUACCAUGCCAGCAAAAGCACCAAGAAGGCCCUGAGCGUCCGGCUCUUCCAAACCAUGGAGAAGAUUGAACAAACGCAGAGGGAUAUCAUAGGAAUCCAGCAGGCCCUGGAACGUAACAUUGGACGGCACAGCGUCGCUGCGGCUCAGCUGGAGGAGAAGCUGGCGAAYGCUCACAAGCAGCUGGGGCAGCUGCAGGCCCAGGAAGCCAGUCUGCAGCGGGAGCAGAAGAAAGCAGAAACGCACAAGAAAAUGACCGAGUUCUAGGCCGCGAGGGAGGCGUGGGGCUGCAGAGCUCUGGGCCUCGGUCUGCCUGGCGUGAAACUGGGCUGAAAAGCAGCAGUUUUACCAAAACUAGAUGCUCCUGAGCUUAGCUCUCCAGGGAUGGCGAAGGACAGCCUCUGUCCAGCCCUGAAAGCUUGAGCCUUGUGUAAGGCCUGGCUGCAAGAUACGUGAUUCCCUGCUCGCUUGCACCCUUCUCUGCUCUCUUCCUGCCGUGGUGGUGCCUCCGUUCCGAGUCUGUCGCCGCUCGGGUGGUGCCGGUGCCGGCUGUGCCCCAGCCGAGCAGGGGCUUUGAAGCCCCACAUCCUGCAGCAGCUGUGGCUUGUGCUCGCAGCAGCCACGGGAGCGGGGGCAGGUGGGGGCAGGGUCCCAAGCACGUUGUGGCACAGCAGAAAGGGCACGUCCCUGCUCCCGGUGACAGCGGCACCAGCAGAUUGCUGCCAGCGCUCCAGUUCCUCGUGGCGGGAUUUCUGUGAGAUCUUGGUUACGUUCAGAGUGGUUCCUUGCAGCCCUCUUGUGAGGAGCAGAGAGAAAAGUGGCAGCUUGGAGGUGGAUACCAGCAGUCUCGAGCAAUAUAUCCCUUCAGUCUAGCURUACCAGCAUUCCCAGACCAUGUUAUGUCCAAAACCAUUGAUUUGACCUGGAAAGUUGCAUUAUUCCCCAAGCAGCAUGCCAAAACUGGAGAAAUAAGACAGCAGAGUGYGAGAGCCUUAAACCUUCUAGCCAGGAACAACUCUGUGGGAAACCUCAUGCUUCUGCCGUCGUUACUUGAGUUUUCCUGUCCUAGAUGGUUUGUAGAACAGGGAUUCCCUUUAGAUUCAAGAAAAUAGUCUCAGAAGGUUGUCCAAGGGUCCAGAGGAGAUGGUGGUUCCAUUGGGCUCUCUUUCUGGUGGGACUCGUUUUUGUUAAUAAUUUCAUGCCAGUAUCUUUAGGAUGCAUUCUUUUUUCCCCUUAAGUUAAAAAA